GGCAAGUUUCAGUUUGUGGCAAUCACCGAACGAGAGCAGUUCGAAGCAGCGGUUAAAGCAAUCAAUGUAACUGGAUAUCCCAACAAGGCAUUGGGGCAACAGCACUUGCUGCAAGCAAGCAGAAGUGCAGGCCGAGAGCGCAAAGUAGGAGCACAAGGCAAAGUAGCCAGUGAAGUGAACUGCUUAAAAAAUAAGCAAAAUAAAGUAGAACUCAGCUUGAAAAAAAAGAAAAAAAAAAACAAAACAAAUCUACCGUGAGGAAGGACAACAAAAGUGUUGUGCAUGCAGUGCUAACACAAACAAUAACAAAAACUAAAUAAAUAAGCAAAAUAAAAACACCGAAAUUUUCAUUCCAGAUACAGACAAAAUUUUUGCUUUCGCAAGGAAUAUUGCGAAAAUGAAAAUUCAUUCGCUAAUAUACGAAAAAGUAGUAAAAACAUACCUAGUUCAGGGAAAAUCUAUACAUAAAACUGUUGAAGUGGUGUAGUUGAAGCCGUUGAAUACGAGUAUUCUUCCAGCCCAACACAUUUGGAAUGUUGAAUAUAAGUUUGUUUUUGUUCGCUUGCGAGAUGCGAUAAGACCAAAAAAUUUACACACAAAUAAUUACAAUCAUCAAAUAGUCAAAUCAUUGUCGCAGCAGUUGCUGUGACGGCAGCGACGGCAAAUCCAGCCACACAAUAAGCAGCAGAAAAGGCUACUACAACCCAAACGCAACCAACAACGACGGCAGCGACGAUAACAACCGACGCUCGAAAAUGUCAACACUUCCGUUUUUGUUGAGCGUCGCCGAUGAGCUCGAUAACCUCAACUCCCAAUCGUACAUGGACGACUUCGGGCUGGGCUUCCAUCCGCACCGCCAGUACUACCGUACGCCCACCAUCCAAUUGUCCUUGCCCGCCAGCACCGACUGGAUGGAGCAUGACCGCUCGCAGCGCUAUCGCUCGCACAAAUUCGUCUUCGAAACACAAAACAAUCUAACGGCCACCGCGGAGGGCGAUGAGGCGGAAGGCACCGAUGAGGCUGGCAAUGGCGGCCGUGGCGGCGCGCUGGACGGCAGCGGUACGGACAAUGCGUAUGUAGAUCGCUACGGCAGCGGGGCAAGCACGUCCGCCGCCAGUCGCCAAAAAUACACUUCCCUACUCAACUCGAACAACGACGGCGAAGGCAAGGGAGUGCUCGGCGGCAGCGGCAGUGGCAGCGGCAGCAGCAGCACCAAGGGUGGCAAGCGCGAUGACGCCGAUGCCAUCGAUAACACAGUGCAGAUGUAUAACUUGUCGAAAAAAUGUUGCAAGAAUUACUAUCGACGCGGCGACGAACCGCAGUCGGGCGUACUGACGGCCAAGGAGAAAUCCGCAGAAGGCGGCUAUCGUUUGCAUGCCAAGUGCAUGGAGGGCGCCAACUCGUCGUCGGAUGAGAGCUUACAGAAGCCCACAUCCUCCAUUGAAUUUUUGACGUGCUUCCUGUUGAAGAAGUCGCGUGCGCCCAAAGGAGCGGGCAUCAGCGGUGGCAAGAAAUCGUCGUAGGACACGGUUUCGAAGCGUAGAAGCAAUUGUUUCUGAAUAUGUUGGAGAGGGGCGGGUGGCGAUGGCGAAGGCGAAGGCGAAGUCAAUGGUGACGGUGAUGGCGACGGUAACGACGUGGGGGGAAAUCGUGGCGUGCCAGGCCGGAGUAAUGGUAAUGGGGAUUGGAGAGCUUGUUGCGGUGAAAUUGAUUAUCAGAAGUGAUGGUGGCGAAGGCGAAGGCGAAGGCGAAGGCGAGUGCCGAUUGAAGACUGACGAUGGACGAUUUACGCAGUCACGCGGCUGUAAUGUUGCUACAAUGCAACUCAACUGAGCAACUGUGCAAUCGAGUGAGUGGCGAAGGUUGUAACGUUACACCUUGGCUCUUCGUGCACAGACAAACUGACGCGCUUUCACACUUUAUUUGGCAAUGAGUUUGCGAAGCUGUCAAGGGUAAAAUACAAGGUCUUCGAGGUGCAGACGGGCGUUGAGGGAUUACGGCAAAGGUUGGUUGGAGAAAUCAAAUGCGCCGCAAAAAGUGCAAUGAAAAGGGAUUCUCAUACAAAGCGAAAGUGAGAAGAAAAUGCAGCAGUUUUGAUGCAUUCGCAUAUAAAAUUUAGUACUUACGCAUAACAUUUACAUAUAAUCGCAUAUAGCAAUUUGAAAUUAGUUGUAAAUUGAAAAAAAUGUAGACUUAUUAGGGCCGUUUUCACCAUCUCUGGUUAACACUAAGCUCCAGUUAAACCUCUUUACCGACGUUCUCGACACAAUCUUAUAUGUAUGGAGUCAAUAACGUCGGUAACGAUGUUUAACUGGAGAUUAGUCAUGCAACGCUAAGUAUGCAUAACUGGACUAUUAACCAGAGAUGGUGUAAACGGCCCUAAGUGUAGUAGUGCGUGGUUAAGUGAACGAUUAAGGAAAAUAUUCAAGCGGUGCCUAAUUGUUAGUUUCGUAGCUAAAAAAUACCUAAGGCCAUAAGCAACUGAACAGCUAAAGGCCGAGUUGGGUUUUUUUUGAAACUUAGUAAGCUUUAGCAAAUAAAUGUUUAUAGAAUGUUUGUAAUGUAUGUACGUGUAGCGGUAAUUUUUAAAAAUUUGCCCAGUUAUUUAUAAGCAAUAUUCGCAUAUACAUAUAUAUUGUUGGAGAGGCGGUGUUUUGGUGAUGAAAAACAUUGUAUAGUGUUUCUUAUUAAAAUUUUAAAAGUUCGACAUCUAACUAUGCGAAAUUUUUUAAUUUUUUUUUUGCAGCAAAAAUUCAUGUAAUUUGUCUAAAUUCGACUUUUUGGAAAAAUAAAGGCCUUGAAAGACCGGUGCAAAAUUGCAAAAUGAUUUUUUGCUCGCUGUACCCCCAACUUUGUCUACUAGGAUCGAAACAAAGUUAAAUGUUGUAUAGUUCGGUAACUACUUUUACAUUCCCAAACGUCAAGGCUUCAAAUUGCAGUACGGACUAAUCUCUUAAUAAAUUUUAUAGUCUUAGGUCUAUACGUCAUUAGUGAGCGCUGGUUCGUCAUUAACUUCUCGAAGCGCUGGCCAAGUAAAUGCAAAUGGAAAACAGCAUUAAAUGAUAAUAUCCAGAAAUUAUCAACAGGAAAUGUAUUGCUUUUCGUCACUUCAAGCAAAAACAAAAAAAAAAAACAAUAAAUAAGGGCUUGACUGAGAAGUUUUCGUCCAUCUACCGUAUAGCCUCGAUAUUUAUACAAAAUUCUCUUAGGGCCGUUUAACUGUCCGUUAAACACAUCAACUGCUCUAUCGAUCACAUUACAGGCAGGCGAUAAGGGCCUUCUUCUCGAUGACUCUAUUUGCCCAUCGCUUAUUGUGCCCCAUUAUUUCUGUCAUUUUGCGAAGGAGGCGUAAUCUUGCAAACCAUCGUACGCUUGACCUAACAGAGCAGCCCGCUCCGGUAAAUAAAAUACGGUCACAAUAAGUGAUUCCGAAACUGUGGGACAUUCGGCUUAUAUCGCAAUAGCACUUCGUCUGUAGACUGAUUUGUUGCCCCGACUAUACGAACCCAAGUGCAAUGCAUCUGUCCACACCUCGGAAACAUAAAAUAUUACGUAGCUCAGAGUGCUCGGCAAUCUUUACCUAUGUUUUUUUUUGGUUCUCUGGUAUCUAACAUAAUUCUCGAAGAUGUCUUGAAUGUGUUUGGGAUGGGAUCACAAAAUGUUUAACAAAUUAAAAAAAUCUGUAUUUAAAUAGAAGCGUCGGGGGUACUGCGCAUUGUACUUACAGUACUCACAGCACCGCUUUUCCAGAGUUCUCCAGAUAUUGUUUUCUCUGAUAUCGGUUUGACCAAAUGUGAAGCUUCAAUUUUCACAGGAAAACAAAUUGCUUCGAUGCCAGGCCUACAGAUAAUUGCAAAGCUUUGAUUCAGUUCAAUAAAAUUGCAUUCUAAGACCUUUUCCGCAGAGACAAGCUCUAAUACAAAGCCGUCUAAAAGCAGAUAGAUCAUUUGGAUUCGAUAGAAACACCAAUUGGUGAAGCUUCCAUCGCUUGGGGAAAACGCUUUUCUUUAUAAAGUCGUCUUCACACCUUACGAUGACGGGAACCGUUUUCGAACGAUUUUAAAGCUGGCUUCAAAUUGUGAGGCUUACAUAUAUACCCAAUCGGAAAAAUGAGGAACGCUGGCAGACCUUCCUUUUGCAAGGUGUAUUAGAAGAUCUGCCAAUAGCGCUGCCAUUCGAAUUCGGGCGAGAAGUUGUAUUUGAUAAGCAAACAAAGUCAAAUAAAAGCGAAAAUUGCAGUAAACGUUUCUAUGAGGGUCUGUUGCAAAAUAUAAACUGUGUCAUAUUUAUUCCAAGUGAACGUGUUUUUUUUUUUGGGGGAAGCUGAAUCAGAUGCUCUGGCUAUUUGAUACAAAAAUAAAUGGGAUCAAGAAACGCGAAUAGAAGACCUCUCGCUUCAAAAUAUUGGAAAUAACUCUGCCAAGAAGGCUUAAUUUGUCUAAUUUUGCCUACUGGGUAGUUAUGUUAGAUAUGCUUACAUAAAUAUACUAGUUAACCCCUUGAGUUUAUAGAAGAGAGCGUGGCGUUUAUAGUAAACUGAAAAAUAGCGAUAGAUGUAGUAAAUUCAGAGAAACAUAGUCUUGGACCCAUUACGAACAGACAGCUAAACGCACUGUCCUGUUGUAAGCUAAAAAGGGAUACGAGUUUGCAAGAAAUCGUAGCACUUCGUUAAUUUAAAAAUUAAAGCGCAUUUCCACUGAAAAUCUUUAUUACUGUUUUAUUUUUUUAUUUCUUUGCCCCGAAGGACGUCGUAAGCUUUGCGUCAUAAAAUAUAGCACUUUUGCAAAAAAAUGGUGUACUUUUUAGAUGACUUAAUGAAGCCCCACCAUUUAAGGAUGCAUACAAAGAAGGUCAAAAUUGUUUUAGCACCAGGUCAUCGUUAUAUUAAGAGUAAGUGUGGCGAAUUAGAAAGAAGACGGUAGAAAUAUCAAUGACCCCAUUUAAACGGAAAAACUCUUUCAUUCUGUGUCUCGGCAAACCUUGCCGUACUUGCAGAUAUCUCACAGAAAAUAAGAGUCCAUAGCAUCGAAGGAGAAGGGCUGUCCUGCGGCAGCGCUUUUAUUCUUGGCCUAAAAGUAAGGAAGGUCCUGCUUUUCAGUCCAUUCAAUCUAAACGAAUAAUUUUUACAUUACACACCGUUUUUGCGCUUCAACACUAUUUGUGUAUUGGUCAAUGCAAAAGUUCUAUCAGGCGUCGCGAAGCAAGCCAGGCAUUUGCUAGUUUAAUAAUAAAACUGAAAUGAAAACAUCAUUUAUGAGCAAAAUUUCAUAACGGUCAAACCAAAAAUUAUAGAAGUUUAAAUUUUAUGCCGGCCCAUAUUUAAAGAUUAAGCAAUAAUAAUAUGCCGUCAAAAAGUUAUCGCUCCCCUCAACUUAAUUCGGUCUUUAAAGGGUUAAACGCAAAAAUUAUUUCGUGCCCACAAAUCGUAUCCUGGGGUCCUUUAGUCGUCGGGAUUGUAUCUAGGACUCCGAUCUGGUGUUCGGCGAAGAUCAUUGAAGUGAAGUACAUAUAUUGUUGCAUGUUUUUUUUUUUUAAUUGAUUGAAUAAAAUUAAGGGAAACACGCUAUUUUUCCAGCACCAAUACACCUCUUCAAAUAACACAACUAAUUAUGAUACAAGAAAUUUGUAACCAUUUCCCAGAUGCAUGCAAAUUUUGCAUGCCAGUUUUUUUUUUAUAAAUAAUAAUUGCAAAAAGAAAACAAAAAAAAAAAUAAAUUUUGUACCUUCUUUUAUACCAAGAACCAGAUAUACAUGCAUACAUACAUAUGUGUUUUUAUACCAGUAAUUAAAGGAAUUUAGAGCAAAUUAUUGCAUACAUUAAAGCCUCAAAAAUAUAUGCAAAGUGCAACAGCAUUAAGA